AGACAAGGAAGUUGGGGUUUGCUCUGCGGGAAGGAUGCUCUCACACACAGUCUGGGCCACCAGCGCCACGAUGUGCAUCAUGAUCUACCCAAAGACCAGCCGCACCUUGGCAGGGUUUGCGUGGGAAUUGAGAGGCAGACGUGUGGCUGCUGGAGUAGGCAUCCCCCCUUAUUUCUGGAAACAUCCAGAGAUGACCAUUUGUGAUGCAUUAGGAGGCACAGUUAAUUGGGGCCCACUGUGGGUUUCUUCACACAGCUCUUUCCAUAGUCUGGCAAAUUCUGGAGGGUCUCAUUUAACAGGCCUAGUUCUCUUCGCCUAGAUUGGAGAUUCUGGGACAGGAGAUGGAUUUUCAGCCUCAGCUAUGGGUCAAAGCCCUAAGGCCCCACCGUGAUAACGCUACUAAAACCCGGAUUUAAAUCCAGAGUUACAGUAACCAAGAAAAACCCACCGUUUCCUUUCCUCGGUGCGUGAACAGGAUCGAGUCUGUUCCUUCUGACUUCCAGAUGUGCAAUAGGAUGGCUAAUUGCUAACAGAGGCUACAGUAUCAGUUUCCGUCCUCUCCGCUAGGAGCAAGAAUAUUCCCUCAUCACAGUUUACACUCUAGAAGUUACCAGUAACAAGCUCUGAGACGUUGGGCUAACCAGUGGGAGUACUGAGCCGCCCACCUCCCACCCCUGAGCUGCCCGGAGUUUGGGAGACCCCUGUCCCAGCAUCUGUCUAUGUCCCUUUUUUUUGUUUGUUUUUGCCUUUUAGAGCCCGUCUACGUCCCUUUCCUGAUUGUCGGCUCCAUCUUCAUCGCCUUCAUCAUCCUGGGCUCUUUAGUGGCCAUCUAUUGCUGCACCUGCUUGAGACCCAAGGAGCCCUCCCAGCAGCCAAUCCGCUUCUCCCUCCGCAGCUACCAGACAGAGACCCUGCCCAUGAUCUUGACCUCCACGAACCUCAGAGCACCUUCCAGGCAGUCCAGCACAGCCACCAGCUCCAGCUCCACGGGCGGCUCCAUCCGAAGGUUCUCCUUUGCCAGGGCAGAGCCAGGCUGCUUGGUGCCCUCACCACCUCCGCCGUACACCACAGGCCACCCCAUCCACCUGACCCAGCCGUCUGGUUUCCUGGUGUCACCCCAAUACUUUGCGUACCCGCUCCAGCAGGAGCCCCCACUGCCUGGGAAGACCUGUCCAGACUUCAGUUCCAGUUGACAGGCCCCGGCCAUACAUCCACCACGCGGUACCAGGGCAGGCGGGUGGCAUGCUGCUGUCAAUGCCACAGAUAUUUGCGAGGACACUUCCCUGGAACCCAGCGAUGCCAUGGAGGAGAGUGUUAGGAAAAUACGAUGCGUUCUAGUCUUCAGGGUCCUGGCUCCAGUCACAGCAUGACUGUGUUAGAUAACGGCUUUCUGGCUUUGAAAACAUGGUGACCAGUACAUUUCAAUUUAUGCUACUUUUAUUCAAAAGAUACAAUAGUUCAAACUUUACAGUUGCCAGCGGGUUGAAGAUGUUUUAUUGGACAACUCAGCUGUACUGUUUAGAAAAAGUCUACAUGUUCUUUUCUCAUUAUAAGUUGUUUAGUGGAUUAUAAUACAAAUAUAUGCAUAAAUAAGCAAAGGGCAAUACCUGAUUGUACUAGUAAUUAUUGAAGGUCCACCUAAAAGAAUUUACUACUAAGUAAACUGAGGGGGCAGAGAACGACCUAUUUAUGAUUUUGGGAGCGACCUAACCAUGAAUAAUGUUAGCACAUCAGAAACAGUUACUUUUUAAGUUAAUAAUUAAAUUGUGUUUAAACUAUAAGAGCUUUUUUCAGAAUACAAGAUUUUGAUAACCACAGGAGGCGUUUAAAGUUUUCAGUAUUUCCUCAGCUAUUCAUGGUAACACAGGAUGUAUGUGAACGCAUUUCCCCCACCCACCUGAGGGAAUAUUUAUUGCAGACUUUUUGUUCAGCAAUAUUUUCUGUUUAAGUGAAAGUUGGACAGUUGGGUCUUAAAACAUUUAUAUGUAAAAUGAGUUAUGUACAAAUGUAAAGAUUUAUAAUUUAAUGGAUUUACCACAUUGACGGUACUAAUUAUUUAGUAGUCACACUGUAAUUUUUUAUGUUAAUAUUAACUGUGGAGUUCAAAGUCCAGCUACUGGUUAUAAUCAUCUAGUGUUACAUAUUGCAAACGUCACUGAGUUCCAUGUCUGAUGACUACGCAUUUGGGCAUGUAUCCUGCUGGGUUAGAAUAAAUAACAUACUUGUUUUCGUGAAAUCUAUUUGAAAUUUUAGAGCAAAGCGCUUCAUUUUAUCUCUUUAAUGAUACUCUUUGCUAUUCAAUAAAAGGAAAAUUUUUACUUAA